ACGACUAAUAACGCCCCCGGUCGACGACGUGCAAAAAAAAAGAAUUGCAUGACUAAAAUGACGAAAAAGAGAAAGGUCAGCACGACCUCAGCUCAUUCUUACGAAACACGAAGCACAACCCGACAACCACCUGUCUCCAGGGAUAUGUCUGACGUCCAACCACUUGUUCCACUUCAGGAAUCUAAAAGCUUAUCCUCUGCUGUGGCAAGACCUUCCAUCAAUCAGGUUAACCAAUGGUGCAUUGAUGAGGUCAUCCAGUAUCUGCAAGGCAUUUAUCCUAAUAUCAGUGAGAAGACAGUCAGAAUCUUGGAAGAAAAUGAGGUUGAUGGAUACACAUUUCUUAAUCUUACGAAGGAGGAACUUGUGAACUACCCUUACAACAUGGCAGGUGGACCAGCAUUUAGAAUCAGUAAACAUGUCCAAGAAUUCAAAGUGUAA